GGAAAACUCGGUGAACCUCGCUGAUAGGGGAGCACGGUCAGGUUGAAUGCCUUUACCUCAAGGCAAAGAUCGACACAUGGCGCUUGUGUCUGUCCUGUGAGGAGGUUUCUGCUUUCAUCCAAACAACAGGCGACACGCUGGGACCGCUACUCGACGAUAAAAGGUGAACCACAGCCAUGGAUCUGGACGUGGUGAACAUGUUAGUCAUUGCCGGAGGCAUGCUUGCAAUCCCCAUUUUGGCUUUUGUGGCAUCUUUUCUGCUGUGGCCUGCGGCACUCAUCAAGGUGUACUAUUGGUACUGGAGGAGGCGGCUUGGGCUGCAGGUGGAUUACGCAGAGCAUGAAGGUUAUCGCUUCUGUUAUACACACCGUGGGAAGCCGGGGAGCAAACCCUCUAUACUCAUGCUUCAUGGCUUCUCUGCUCACAAAGAUAUGUGGCUGGGGAUGGUGAAGUUCCUCCCAACCAACAUGCAUCUGCUGUGUGUUGACAUGCCUGGCCAUGGGGGCACCACGCGCACCAGUGCAGUGGACUACACCAUUGAGGCCCAGGUCAAAAGGAUACAUCAGUUUGUAGAAUGUAUCCAACUGAAUAAGAAGCCUUUCCACCUGGUGGGCACAUCUAUGGGUGGUAAUGUAGCUGGAGUUUAUGCUGCCCGCUACCCCUCAGACCUCUGCAAUCUCACGCUCAUCUGUCCCGCAGGUCUGAACCACCCUGAAGAGAGCACAUUUGUGAAACAUCUGAGAGACUUGGAGAAGACCAAGGAUGUUAGUAGUAUCCCUCUCAUUCCUUCCACUCCAGAGGAGAUGGAGGAGAUGCUGAAACUGUGUUCCUUUGUCCGCUUCAAGAUCCCUCAGCAGGUUCUCCAAGGAUUGGUUGAUGUCCGUAUUCCACAUAAUGACUUCUACCGUGAGGUGUUUACAGAACUAGUCAGAGAAGAAUCCAGGCAAAGCCUGCAUGAAAACAUGCACCUCAUCUCUGCACCACUCCAGGUCAUUUGGGGCAAACAGGAUCAGGUACUGGAUGUGUCUGGAGCUUCUGUGUUGGCCGAAGCUUUGCCCGGAUGCCAGGUUGACCUCCUGGACAACUGUGGCCAUUCUGUGGCCGUGGAGCGCCCCCGCAAGGCAGCUCAACUCAUCCUGGACUUCAUCAAUCGGCAGCAAAAUUCAGGCAUCAGAAGCAACAAAAAGCUGUCUUGAGACUGAAAUUAGACAAUAAAAAUGCUACAGUUUGUAGGAAUUUGUAAAUAAUUUUAAAAAGAUAUUUUUAUAGUGAACGCUCAGGGACAGUCACCGGAGUGGAACUCUAACAGUAUUCAGUGGAAUAAAAAUGUAACGCUGUGUGAUUCAGUAAGAUUAGUUAAACCGUGGUGAUAUCCUGUGAACCAGCAUAAUAACGGGCACUUAAACCAAUACAGUUAAUACCGCUAGACUUCAAGGUGUUUGUAAUUAAUAUUUAAUAUCGGUUUCACGUUUUUGUAAAUCCAGAAAAUGGACAAAAACACAACAUUUCACUUUUAAGAAAGAAAUGUAGUAAAUUCUUUUUUUUAGGUGGCUGUGCAUUUUUUCACCAUUUAUAGGCUCAUCAUUGAGGGCAAAACUCAUAUUUGCUUGCUCUUGUGUUUACAUUGUGCUGCAGUGUAGUUUUCAUGUAACAGACAUUCCAUGUAGGACACAGCAUUAUGUUUACAUUCAAUCUAAGAUACAUUUUUCUCCAUGUUUAACAUUGGACGUCAGAAGCUGUUUGUAAGCUGAAGACUAGAUCAUUAAAUGUGGUGAAGACGUUC